CCAACAUGCAAUCUCUUCAAACCCCCACACAAAGCCUUCUCCUUCUCCUUCCAUCUUUACUCUCCCUCACUCUCUUCUUAUCAACAACUACAUCCCAAGACGAUCCAACGCUUAGCACAGACCCUUUCUACUACUACAAUCAAUGCGCACCGUCCACGUGUAACGGUCUCAACCUAACCUACCCUUUCUCCUUCCAUCGCUUCUGCCGACUGCCAAACGUCCAAUCCUCAUGCCCCAACAACCAAUACCUCCUCCUCCACUGCCCAACUAACGACGACAGUUUCCGAGUCAUCGGAAACUUCACCUCCGACUCCACGCGCGCGUCUUUCACCGUUGCCAACCAAGCGCUCUUUAGCUGUGGCAGGGUAUCCGGGCCAUCCUACAACUCCGACGCUCGAGUCUUUGUACUCUCCUCCGGUUUCACCGAGGGUACGCACUUCAAAUGCAACAAUCGCCUUGAGUUGGGUGCGAGCCUCCAGCCCGCCUCCUGUCUGGGAUGUCCGGGCCAUGAUGGCUCCAGCUUCUGCUACUAUGCGCCGGGGUUCGUGACGCGACUCGGGUGCGAGGUGUUCCAUCUGAGAACGCCGGUGGGUUUCAACGUGAGCGCCGAGAGGGAUCUGAGGGCGUAUUUGAAGAAGGGGUUCGGGUAUUGGUAUCCUAAGCCGUUAGAUUGUCAGGGAUGCGAAGCCUCCGGGGGUCGGUGUGGGUCCCACCCGCUAUCCGCGGCGUUCGUGUGCUUUUGCACAUCCAGCGUCCAUCGGUUUAACUGCUCUGACGGAAUGACUGAGGACCUUCAAACAUGGGUCACAGGAAGAGGAUCUGGACCGUCCAAAUUACUCAUUGAAGUUGUUUCUGCUUCAGUGGCCAUUUUCUUACCUGUUCUUGCACUGGUAGCAACUCUUAUUAUCAUCCGAAGAAGAAAGAGGAAGUUGGAAUCUGAAUGCGAAUCUGGCACAAGCUCCGAAGCUUUCGCAGGAAUAUCUCAAACCAGGUAUUCCUAUUCCCAACUCAAGAAGUUCACCUACAACUUCUCAACAAAGCUUGGGGAAGGAGCAUUUGGAAGUGUCUACAAAGGGAUCGUUCAUGCUCACGGGCCCGGUGGUGUCCAUGUAGCAAUCAAGCUCUUGAAGGCAUCGAAGCAAAGCGAAAAACAAUUCAUGACUGAAGUUGCGACAGUCGGGAGGGUCCACCACAACAACCUGGUCCGGAUGCUCGGUUACUGCGUCGACGGCAUGAAACGAGCAUUGGUUUAUGAGUACAUGGAAAUGGGAUCACUUGAUAGAUACAUUCGUCGCACCAACAAAGAAGAUUGCAGCGAUUUUGAACAUCUAAGUCCUAAACAAAUGUACAACAUCGCGUUGGAAACUGCUCGAGGAAUAUGGUAUUUGCACCAAGGUUGUAGGAGUAGGAUUCUGCAUUGUGAUAUCAAGCCCCACAAUGUUCUUCUAGACUCAAAUUUCUCGGCGAAGGUGGCGGAUUUUGGGCUUGCAAGGAUGAUUGACAAGGACCACAGCCAUGUUUCAUUGACAGGAGCACAGGGAACGCCAGGGUAUGCAGCGCCAGAGAUGUGGUCGCAGGCCUAUGGGCCAGUAACAGAGAAGUCAGAUGUUUACAGCUAUGGGAUGCUUGUUUUGGAGAUGGUGGGUGGGCGGAAGAACUACAAUCAAGCGGCGAGUGCAUCUAGCCAGGAAUAUUUCCCCGAGUGGGCAUUCAACAGAAUUGAAAGAGGGGAAGUUCCUUUACUGAGGGAAGUAAUAACAAGGUUAGGAGAUGAUAAGGAGGACAUGAAACUGGUAGAGAAGAUAUGUAAGGUGGGGCUAUGUUGCAUUCAGACUGUCCAUUCGAAUAGGCCCACCAUGGGGAGAGUGAUCCAAAUGCAGGAAGGAGACGUCGAAGGCAUAGAGAUUCCCCCUCAUCCAUUUCCACAGACUGCUAAAGGUGCAGGGAAUUACAGGUCGAAUUCUCUGGCCCACCCGAGUUCUAGUGGACCGAUGGAUCCCUGUUGAGACAGGCCAUCCUUUGACCAUAGUAGUUCAUCAAUAGGUGAGAAAAUAACUUGUGUUUUGAUGUGUGUAUGAUUAGAUUUCCUGUGUUGCAAGAUAUCUAUUG